AUGAAAUAAUUAGAACAACUUUUAUAUGAUGGUAUUGUUAAUGAAAUCAAUUAAUCACAUAGAGUCUAAUUUAAAUACUUAAUGAUAUUUAGGAUUUUUGCAGCAAUUUUUAUGACUUUUGCUCUUAUUCAAGUGAGUGUUGUGACUCCAACAUUUUCAUAAAAUUUUCUCUAUUUAACUUUAUGGGGAGGCUAUAUAACUUAUUUUUACUUUGGAUUAGUUAGCAUAGAGAAUUUUUCAUUCUAUAAACUUAAUAAAUAAUUUUUUAAUGAUAGUAUGUGGAAAUUCUGCCAUAUUUUGUUUAUUGUUGCAUUUUGCUUUGAAAUACCUAUUUUGAUUAUUUAUUGGAGUUAUAUAUUUCCAUAAGAUAAUGUUCAUACAAUUAAUUAAUGGUUGAUAAAUGUAGAUGUUCAUUUUUUAAGUUGUAUUCUCAUUUUUAUUGACUUUAUACUUAAUGACAUACAAUUUUAAUUAAAGUAAAAUAUAAUAUUAUGAUAAUAGAUAAUCUUUAGCAUUAAUUGUUAUUGCUAUUAUUUAUUUAAUAGUGAAUAUGUUCUAUGUUUUAGUUACAGGAAUUGAAAUAUAUCCAGGAAUCAAUUGGCGAAAUGGAAUAUCUUAUAUCAUUAGCAUAAUUACUUUAGGUAUAAUGUUUGGAGUAUUUUAACUUGGAUUAUUAUACUAAAACAAAAUUAAAAAAAAAUUAAUGAUGAAUAAGUAGGAAAAGCAGUUAAUGAUAGAAUGA